UUGUGCCGUUUGCCGUUAUAUUUUUUAUAUUAAAUCUGUGUGGUAUAUGAAAAAUAGGGUGUGCCCAAUAAAAAGAGUUAAUUAAAACAGAAACUAGAUGUUUUAUUUAAUAAUCAGUUCUCUAUUGUUGAAAUAAAUGCUUCCCUUUAGGCACAAAGUUACUGUAGGGACAUUUAACUAAAUUAAUCAAUUGGGCAGAAAUGCCAUCUUUACGAAAAAGGGUUUCUAGUUACUUCAGACAACUGAGUUUUCACAAUGAAUCUAGAGAUAAAAAGCAUAAUAUCAAUGAAAAUACUUUUGUCACAAAAUAUUUGCAAGGAAUUAUCACACUAUGCGAAGGCCCACCUAUUAUUUACGGGAAAAAUCCGACAGAUUUACCAAACUAUGACCUCGGUCACUAUGAAAAUGGUCCAAAUACGAUAAUCGGCUGCUAUUCAGGACCAAAUGGCGGAUUGACUACAGUCAAAAGAAUAGAAAAGCAUUUAUGCCUGCCAGAUGCGGAUAUCGACUUUAUUGACACACAUGAUGAGGAACCUGUAUCGUCGGCAUUACCAAAAAAAUCACCACACAAGUUAUUACCAGGACAGCCCAUAGAUAAUACGACGAUGGUAAUAAAAGUGGCUGGGCACGAGUAUUGUGUGACAAACAAACCCAAAAGGCACAGCAAGAGCCACAGCUUGGGCAGCAUUUCAGAUUUCGAUAUUGAAAUCGAAAAGACAAAGAUAGACAAAAGCUUCUACGGCAGCAACAAUAACUGUGAAACAGUAGAAUGCAAAAAUAGUCAAAUUUUAAACGCAGAUACUUGCAACACUUUGAGUGUUUGUGAACAGAAGGAAUCUCUUCGACCAAAGAACGAAAGUAGUGAAGUAAAUGCCAACGGAAAUGCAGGUGAUAGUGAUAUUAGUGUUAAAAUUAACAAAACCGAUACCAAAAUUAACCAAAGUCUCAAAAACAACAUUGAUCAAGCUACCGAUCGUGAAAAAUCUGAAAGAAUCUCGUCUGUAAAGAAAACGAACAAGACCCAGAGAACAAGCGACACAACUAAAAACGCUACUGUCCAAAGUCAUUAUGGCCUGUCAAAAUCUAAGAGCGAGGGGAAUCCCUUUCAUCAUAAGAAAAGGGGAAGGAUCAUUAAAAUUGAACGGCCAAAUAUAAGGGGUGAGGAGGUCGUUGAAAAUUCUAACAUUCCGUUAAGAGAAGUAGAGGAUUCGUCCCUUCCAACCGAAUGGAAUAAAAAAUCAGAACUUAUUUAUGGUUUAUCUGACUCUCUCUACGAUCGAAACCAAGUAACUAGGAAUAAAAACGGGGAUCCAAUAGCAGACUGCUUUGGUAUUAUCGCUAGAAGGGAUUCUGCUAUAUUGGCAGUGGCAGACGGAGUAAAUUGGGGUGAGAAAGCGAGCAUAGCGGCUAAGUCCGCCGUCCACGGCAGUCUCCACUACCUCAACAAAACGAUAUUCAACGAUACAAAACCAUUCGAAAACCUUACUAUUAAGACUGACGAAAGUUCGCUCUCGAGUAGUAUAGUAGACGAAAACGUUAACCUGAUAAGCAACACCAGGGAAGUUUUUAUUUGCUUGCUGAGGGCGUUCAAUUGCGCGCACGAUCUCAUCUUGGAGAACAAGGGAAUGCUCACCACGUUGACUGUAGCGGUCGUCUUACCUUUAAAACAAAAACUGGAACGGAGGGUUCUCAGUCAGACUGGUAGCGGGGAAAGGAGGGAGUCGGAAACGCAGUAUGUAUGCUGCGUUUGUAAUGUUGGGGAUACUUUGGCGUACGUGUAUUCCCAGCAGUAUGGAGUUAGGGAACUCACUAAAGGAUCUCACGACAUAAACUGCAAUCGGGACAUGCGGGACGCUUUGGGAGCGCUAGGUCCCGUAGACGGAAUUAACCCGGAACUGAGUAAUCUCACCCUCUCGAUAACCACCCUACGUAAAGGCGAUAUCGUAAUGGUGGCUAGUGACGGACUGACGGACAAUUUCGAUCCCAACGUUUGCAGGUUCACGGUAAACUGUAACGUGGAACCUUCAAAACCUAAAAGGACUAGUACUAGUCGACCAGCGAAGAGCACUCCGUCUCAUACGGCGGAUGAGCAUAAACCGCAUGCUACGAAACCCGUUAAAAUCGUAGAAAAUCCUCAAAAACCGCCAAUCAAGCCACCUAGGAGGUCUAAGAAUAGGGACGAUUCUAGUAGAAGUUCCGCGGAAAGUAGCGUGAAAAGCAAUACUAUGUCGGAAAAGUCUUCGUCUCAGUCGAUAGAAUCUGUGACGGAGGUACAGAAUGUCGAUAAUAAAUCUCAAAGCGAUAAUGUGUCGUCCGAAUUAAUUAAUACAGAUAAGUUAGUAGAAGGCAGCAUAUCGAAUAUUGAACAAGGCAGCUCUGACGAAAAAGCUUUACAAGAACCUGAAGAGACUAGUACAAGUGAAGUACACGAAGCCACUGGUAAUAAGCCAGAGGUCGAUUAUGCAAAUCCACUGGUGCAGCAAUUUAUUAGGGCAAAUUCAGUAGAAGAUACUCCAAAAGUAGGCAAAAGUGUUAAAAAACCCACGGUGGUAGAAAAUAAGGCCAGCAGCCUGAGACGGCAGGCCACUAGUCAGCAACGACAAGAAAUUCCGCAAUCUAGUCAAAAGCCCGUCAAACAGAGGAGUUCGGUUUCCAAAACCCUACAGACCGUAGACGAUACAAGUAGCGCUUCCAAAAAGCAAGAAGUAGGUUAUAAGUUUCUUCGUUCAAAGACCUCUUUAGACAUCAGAUCUUCCAACCUCAAGCAAAUCCUCAGGAACGAGGACGGAAUUCCUUACAUUACCCCAAUACAAAGAUACGAACUGCAGUUGCUACUGAUGGAGGACGUGUUGAAACAUGGCAUUUCAGGUAAAGACUGUCCCUGUACCUCAGCCAGGAAACUGUGCGAGAAUCUCAUUAGCUUUACGAUUAGCAUUACUUCGGCGAAACGCCACACUCUCGAGGAUCAAGAUUUGUAUUUCGAUAACAAAAACGGCGUUCUGGUUGAGGUUUCGUCCCAAGAGAAGAAAAUAAGGCGCAAAAAGGGGUUAGAGCGCGUUCAAAACCUACCUGGGAAGCUGGACCAUGUGACAGUCGCGGCGUACAACGUUGGUAAUUUUGCUCAUUAAUCGUUUCGGGUUGUCUUUUCCAUACUCAAGUCUACAUUUGUAUGAGUGGUUAUCGUUUUUAAGAAAAAAGUAUUAAUCAUGCACCAUACAGGCUGUCCCAAAAAUAAUAUUUACAGGCUUGCUUUGUGUAGUUAAGUUUGUAAAUUCUGGUACAAAUUUUUUUUAGUUUCGUAAUACUGCCAUAUUAGAAAAACGUGUGGAUUAAAUCGUGAUUUUUUUCGGAACCAAACAGUGUAAUAAUGUGCAAUAUUUUCGGUUAUAUUAAUUUUUACAUUUCUAAACGUUUAAUUCGUACUACCGUAGAGUAUUUUUAUAUAGUGAAGUAAUAUUUUUUAUAUCUAAAAAUUUAAUUGUAAAAAUUGAUGUUAACAAGUAUGUUUAUUUUUCUCUUUGAUGCACUUUUAUAUUUGUAUAUAUGGAAACCAAAAACCUUAUUUUUCUAGUUGACUUAUUUUUAUUAAUUUGCAUGUUCUUGUUACAUUUAAUUGUACAAAUAAA